AUGUGUGCAGUGGGGGCUGAAGUCAAUGUUUACCUCCUAGAACCGUGUCCUCCAAGACCAUCCACUUUGAAGACAAAGAAGAAACUUCUUCCUUACCUUGAAGCAGCCGACCUGGAGACGUCUAGCCAAGCCGCAUCACACCAAGAAGAGUACCUUCUAGCCACACCAGAAGAGGAGAUUAACCCUGAGCUGAUCGAGUUCGUGAAGAGAGAUCAAUUCCAUGAUCUGUUUUCAGAGUAUGCGCUGGAGCACAUAGAUCACUUUGACAACCUUUGUGAUUCCUAUGGAGUUUUUGACUUUGAGAAGAAGAUGAUGCUAUUCAGCACAUCACUAGCUGGACCAGCACUAGAUUGGGCGCAGCAUGAACCACCUCUACAAUCGAGUCAUGGAUCGAUUUUAGAGAAGCUUUCUUGA